GAGUCGUCUUCCUCGCAGAGUCGCAGCCAAUUUGCAUACUCGCAAAAUUUCUUCAGGUUCAGAAGUGUCCAGAUCUGGCACGCCUCGCUCCGCCUGGCCACGCCUCGCUCCGCCUGGCCACGCCUUGCAACGCCUCCUUACGCCUUCCCCGCGCUAACAACUCGUGAAACAGCCGACCGCCUCUGACGAUUUCCUGCCGCCUCGCUCCGACGCACGAAGGCAUUCCUUUAAAAACACUGCUGGGCAGAGCAUAAAAGAAGCUUGUCAAUUUGGUUGAAAGUAAAAGCUACUGAUAAGGAAUGGCUGCAGGUUUAGCUUCAAAGUGUUCGCGCGUGGGUCGCUCAUUGUUGGGGGGGCUUGGCAACAACUCGUCUGGCUUAUUGAGCACAUCACAUGAGAUGACAUGCAGCACUUUCUUGUCUCAGCAAAGGACCUUCAUACAGAUGAGGACUAUUCUCAAAGUGGUGGACAACUCAGGGGCGAAAAAGGUGAUGUGCAUACAAGCUUUGAAGGCAAACAAGAAAGGGGCAAGAUUGGGAGACACAAUUGUUGCAUCAGUAAAGGAGGCACAUCCCAAUGGGAAAGUGAAGAAAGGACAGGUUGUGUAUGGCGUGGUUGUUCGUGCUGCCAUGCAACGAGGCCGUUGUGAUGGGAGUGAGGUCAAGUUUGAUGACAAUGCUGUGGUGCUUGUUGACAAGCAAGGGCGGCAGCCGAUUGGGACUAGAGUAUUUGGACCCGUCCCGCAUGAGUUGAGGAAGAAAAAGCAUGUCAAGAUUCUUAGUUUGGCGGAGCAAAUUGCCUGAAGUGUCGAGCGCACGACAAAAUACAGAUGCACAAUAAGAACAGAAUGCUUAUCUGAAGUGAUGAGGUGUUAAAAACUUUAGAAUAUCCAAGUGAUCGGAAUAAAGUUUGGUACCACGAUUAGGUUUCAAUAUUUUUGAAUAUUGGGCAUAUUGGCCAAAGAUUGAGUAAUUACAUCUUCUAUGCCCUAGUUCAAAAAUAGAAGAAACAUGAUCGGUUUAUUGUAUCGUUUUCAUUCCGAGUGAGAUACAACUGAGCGCAUAAAGGUGGGUUUUUUACCCUUCUUUUGCUCAAUUUUGGAAGUUGGAUCUUUUCCUUGCAAGUUAGAGUAAUCAGACAGAAAUUUAAUUGUUUUCUUGGGGGUCUCUUUUCUUGGCACCUUUUCAUAUUAUUAAAAGAACACUUGGGGUUGUUUCUUUAGGAAA